AUGUUGAAAAAGAGAGAAGAGCCGGGCGGGGCGGUGGUGGUGUGGAGACUGCAAGCGGCUUUAUGCACUGCAGUCCGGACAAACGACUGCACCGUCUUCCACCAAGAAACCGCGGCCGACGAGGCUGGACUGGCAUUUGUGGCAGUUGAAGCAUUCCGAGUGCCAGUUCCUGUCUUCGAAAGUGAUGAAUUUGCAGCCACCAAAGCCUGCAUGGAAAUCGGACGGGAAGAGAAAAAGAGAAAGCAGUAA